GGAGCACCAGAUGUUACUGGUCUUCACGACAUUGAUGAAUAUGUGCAGUCCCAAUUACUGUUAGCUGCUCUGAAUAUAACCACACAUGUACUGAAAAUUGGUGGCGUUUUCGUAGCCAAAAUAUUCAGAGGAAAGGACGUAACACUCUUAUAUUCCCAAUUAAAACAGUUUUUUGAGUUAGUUACUGUUACCAAACCUAAGAGCUCUAGAAAUUCAAGCAUUGAGGCAUUUGUAGUGUGUCAAAAUUAUAAUCCUCCACCUGGCUAUGUUCCUACUAUGGAUAAUCCCCUAUUAGACCACAAGUACUGUGAUUUCAAUCAGUUUACAGGUGUGAACAGAUUUAUAGUUCCAUUUAAUGCCUGUGGUGACCUCAGUGCUUAUGACUCUGAUACAUCAUAUCCUCUACUGUUGGAAGGACAAGAGCAUUAUGAAUAUAGAGAACCAGUCCAAAGUCCUAUAAAUCCUCCAUAUAAAGAUGUGCUGGAUAAAAUGAGAAAUAAAUAAUCUUUGGUUCA